AUGUAUUUGCCAGGAAUGUCUAAAGACAUCGAGAAAAUGGUAUCUCAGUGUGAGAUAUGUGCACAGCACUCUACCUCAAACCCAAAGGAACCACUUAUUCCUCUGGGAGAACCUGACAGACCAUGGGCCAACAUUUUAGCAGAUAUCUUUGAGUUUGAGAACCAGCAAUACCUGGUAUCAGUCGAUCAUUACUCAAAAUGGCUAGAAGUCGUGAAGUUACCAGGACUUACCAGUUAUGCUACAAUACAAUAUAACGGACCACAGUUCAGCAGCAAGGAGUUCAGAGAUUUUAGCAAGGAAUACGGUUUUGUUCAUGUGACCUCAUCACCUUAUUUCCCGCAAGCCAAUGGACAGGCAGAAAGGACCGUUAUAACAGUCAAGAACUUGUUACGUAAAGCCAAAGACCUACACAAAUCUUUGCUUUACUAUCCUAAUACCAACAUUGAAGAAAUUGGUUUAUCACCUGCACAGAUGUUCUUAGGCAGAAGACUAAAAACAGAUCUCCCUAUUGCUUCUCCACUUUUAUCAGCAGCAACAUCGUCAAGUGAUCUGAAGAUGUGA